UAAUAUCUAAGCUUUGAGCUAGACCAUGAUACAUGGUGCAAAUAUAGAUUGAGCCUUCUCUUGAAUCUGGUGCCCUCUGGUUGGACCGAUAAAGGCUUCCAUCGCUACGUCUCCUUGAUCGGAAUAAAUACAUUGUAAGUUUGUUUUGAUAUAGGAUAGUCGGCAUCCUCCCACCAAGAUCCUGAAUUACCACCAAACCUUUACCAGACAACCACAGAUCAAUGAGGGCGGUGAUAUAUUCGGCAUUGAUAGCUUUCCAGUAACCAUGCCAUCCGGUUUUAGACGCAGCACUGUAAGAGCUCGUAAGUAUGAAAAUUUCGUUGUCGCCCUUUCCUAUCUCACUUUUGCUUCAAGAUUUAUCAAUAUGGAAAGCUUACUCAAUAAGACAAUUCCUAUGGUACCUCAAACUCUAUUAGAGAAUAUAAUAGCAGGACCAAUCUUGCCAAUCAUUCGCACAUACAAACAAGACCUGCAGAGAGCAUUCCAGAACAUCCCGGGUCAAAGGACGAACUUGCAUCACCCGGUUUCAUUAUCAAAAAAUCAGCCCAAGAAGAAAUACAAGAUCAGUUAAAAUACGAAACAAGAUUACAAUUACUUCGAAAUAAUCAUUCCAAGAGUCCUCCUUCGAUAUCGCAUCCUCCGAAUAGUACGUACGCAGACGUUAUGGCUGCUAGAUCGUCACGCUCGCGUCGUCGAAAUGAAGCAUUAGAUGAGGGGCCCGACAUGAGAUUAGGAGGACCGAUGACUCUUGAAUCACUUGGACCGUUCAAAUAUACCUUUAAGAAGAAGAAGAAUGCGAAAUCGAAAUAUGCAGCAUCGACAUUGAAUGAAGAUGUGACUGAAGCGAUAGACUCUACUAAUAAUAGUAGUACUGGAGGUGAAGAUAUUGGUAUAAUCACAAAUGAAGAGGCAAACAUGGAUACGGGACACAGCGAAAGUACUAGUGAAGUUGGAACAGAUCCCGAAUUGGUAGGAGGUGGAGGUGGAGGUGAAGGUAGAGGUGGAAAUGAAGGUAGAAAUGGAAGUGGACUUUCAUCAAGUCCCAUUUCACCUACAUCGACCCCACAAUUCAAAUCAUCUCUCGAUUUCCCCUCCCCCCACACCACUUUACAGAAACAACAAAAUCAAUCAGAAUUCACCUUCACUGCACCGGCGCCAAAAAGAGUCAUUCAAAUUCUUCGAAAAGAUCCAGAAAACUUGAAGGAUUUUCACAUCUCACGAGAGAAGAACCUUGGAGACGACAGCGAUAAAGAAAAUAUUAAUCACAGCAUUUCUCAACCAAUUGUUAUAAAAGAGAAAGAUAUCGUCACUAAUCCUCCCCUUCCCCUUCCCCUUCCUCUUCCUCUUCCCCUUUCUUCUGCGACUACCAAUACGCCCUUAACUGAUUCAAUCUCUCCACCACUGGUUAUACCACCUCCUCCAGGCCUUUCGAGAGUCUCAUCCAUAUCAUAUUCAACCACUGAUAACACCAGAGCGCAAACUCUCUAUACGAUUGAUAGUGGAAUUGAUCUCAACCAUUCUUCCCUCGACUUUUUGAAGUGUGACGAUUCGGAUACACAAUCGCUUAAGGAUAAAAGCGAGGCAGUCAUGGCUCGCAUCGCUGAAUCAACAGGUUUGAUGACCAGAACCAUGAGUGAUCUUACCACCGCCAACGAUGGCUUCGAUUCUGUAGAAUGGGAUCCAGAUCUCCCGGUUCGUUCGAUUAACGAUUCCCCAGAGCCAUUAUUGGUCGAAGCGCAACCUGUAGCCUACACUACCGUCGGAUCCCGUGUCAAUCCUAAUUUACAACCUCAAAUCUCAGCUCCCAAUCGCAUUCAACGUGAAGGUUCAAUUCGCAGACCUCAGUUGGAUCCAACUCAUAACCGACAAGCAAAUUAUUAUACUCACACCCGCGGUCCACCGCCCCCUCUAAAUAUGCAAAAUUCUAUGCACUAUGCGCAACAACUCGGUCAAGCUUCUAAUACUUUCAAUACCCCUCCUGCCACAUCUGCGAGAUCUACUCGCUCUCUAAGAGUUUCUCAGAGACUGUCCCAAACAGAACAAGAGAAUCAUACGCUUCUUAGACUUCAAGGGAUGAUCAACGCUAGGGUGCCUGGUGGUCAUUAUCCUGCUUCACCCAACACGCCAACUCCUGCUUCUCAUCAAAAUCAUAUUUCAUCAAUUUCAAAUGACGAUCAAGAUAUGGGAAGAGGGAAUGAUUUGCAAGGUCCGAUAUCAGGUCUUGAAAAGAUGCAGACCUUACAAAGACUCGCGAGAUUCCCGAACCCAAUGCAAACCUCAGCCUUACGUCGAUUGUCAGAACUGCAGGCACCCAAAACGGAGAAUACUGCAAAUCUCAAUGAAGAUGUAGAAGUUCCGAGUCAAGCCUUAGAGAACCUCUUGCGGAACCCAAAAGACAAAACCGUAUUGGGCGAUGCACAUGCUACCAAGAAUGGAGAACUAGACCGUGGUUAUACCUUUCCUCCACCAGGUAUUUCCAAUGCAGCAUACAAUCCACUUUAUGGUGCCUACGCUGUGACCAACGGUCAUUCAAGAGAUUCUGGACAUCAUAGGGGGGUACCUGGGUAUCCACAACCACUAACUGCCGGUCCACCAGGUCAACGCUCGUACACUAAUAACAGACAGAAUAGCAAUUACAGUGAGGAGGCAUGGACACAAGAUCAAGUUGGAGCGAAACAAAACCCACAUACGAACCCCGGGGCCAUUUCGCCAUGGCAGGAACCGAAAGUGACGAAUGAACAGUAUACAGCACAGGCUCCGGCUCAAGCUCCUUCCGCACGAGCAACCGACACAAUCUCUAUGCAAGAAGCCUCUCGGUAUUAUCCCCACGGAUUCCCCGCUGACAUGACUGGGCGAUUCACUCGUUUAUCGAUUGAUGUACAAAAGGAAAUGGGUCUUCUCGUGGAUGAAGAAACUCCAGAGCAAGCUCGAACCAGAAAACAAAAGGAGAAGGAUGAGUGGUUUUACGCUGGCCAGAAACGCUGGAAUAUGACGAUUCAAGAUCACAUCACGGAAAUUGAAACCUAUGCCAACCCUUUUGGUCCAAUUGGUCCUCCCACGAAGAAGACUUUGGCUUCCGACAAUAGACCUCUUCCCGGCAUCACUAUUUCAGAAAUGCAAAAGAAGACCAUACCAGAGGUCAUCGCUCCAAUGAUAGAUGGAACACUAGGCAACUUGUUUGCUAUCAAAGCUCAACAGGAGGAAGGUAACUCUACUUUACCAUUCAUGAGAUAUGCCAAAAGCCCAGAUUGGCAUAUCGAUACCAGCCCAAGAGGCAAUGAUUCUUUCUUUGGGGAAGACUGGGGAGUAGCAAUUAAUGUACCAAACACUCAUAACGCCCGAAUCCAGCGCUACUAGAUUCUUACUAGUUCUUUAGUACGCGACCGAUGACAGUCAAGGGGCUGUCUUAAUACCGCUGGAAGUAAUUGUGAAUGUCGAAACCUCGACAAAACGAUCCAAGCAACGAUCUUCAAGACUCAAUCGCUCGGCAAAACGAUACAUCAAACGGUGCUCUAAGAAGCCUUCUCUUGAAUUGCCGAACGACACUAUGGCUCUCCAUCAUCGAGUCUUUUCUUGCGAGAAAGGCUUAUCCAAAAAUUGCCUAUCCACUUUCGACUUUCGACGUUUUUCUUUGAGUAUGAUGGAAAUUCUAUUUCCUCGAGAUGAUUGAUUGCUUUUUGUUACUGUUUUCUCUUUUACCUUUGCCUUUUGCAAUAAUUAAAAAAAUAAGAAAAUUUUAUUUGUAGGAUUAUUAGACGUACAGCCUUUUCGAAGAGGGGUGGUUAUGGAUUUUCGAAGUUCUGGCAGGAUUGACCGCGUUUCUUAUGCAUCUUUUGGCUUUCAAAGUACUUCAUUGACGGUACGAUAUGAACUAGGGCAAAACAUUGGGGAAUGCAUCCAAACACAUGAAGGAGAUGGUAGCUUUUGUUAAUCUUUUGCUUGCUUGGUGUUAUCACGGUUUUGGCUGGCUAGGGGAUUUUGCUUGAAGCGAACUUCGGGAGAUCCAUUCACAUAUCAUGAUGGUUGCAUUAAAUCUGUGCUUGCAAUGCCAUCUUGGUGAUUGAAUGACGGAUGUAUAGGAUGGGUGAUAAAAAAUUGCCAGCUUGGGUGGUAGCUA